GCACGGUCAGAUUUUUACCGGUGAUCGAGUGGUACCAACAUCGCCCUCUCCAACACCACGCACUUGUCAGCACAUGACAGAGCAUUCACUCUGUCAGCCCGUCGUGCGAUGGGAGUAAACAUGGCGGAGAAACUCAAGAUGACAACGCGCGCAGGAGAUUCAGAUCCUGUGCAGGUAGGUCAUCGACUGCCUUCUUCGCCACGCGCCCUCCAAUCGCAACGACACAGCAACAGCAACACCAGCACCAAUCAAUCAGGUACAUUUCGAGACAGGGGAUCCAUCGGCGGCCACAGAAAAGGCAGACACAAACCAACCCCCCACACGCAACGCAACACGAGUCAGCUGGCUGCAGGUACAGCAGGCACACGCGUCAGAAGGGCAGGCAGUCGCGAGUGAGAUGGACAGGACAACACACAGCUCGAGUACGCACACAGGGUGCAGACGCCCUGUGUGUGUGGUCAGCUGCCUGCCUGUCCCGGCCGGCCAUUUCGAUCGCACAACGCCACGCCACGCCACGACCAGCACCCCGCCACACACAUCCAUCCAUCCACACGUACCACACUGAUAAAGCUCUACACGAUCGCCCACCGACUCGGUACGAAACGACUCGACACGACACGACAGGACAUCUUGUGCUGUCUGUCUGAAUUACCCGGCCAGUCAGUAAGCCUCAUCUUCAUCUUCUUCUCGUGCCACGCAACGCAACGCAACGCAACGCAACGCAAAACCCUCACUACCCUACCGUGUGUGGACGGACGUAUCUACAGCUAAGCUAGCUUCUCCUGAGAUCAAUCAAUAAAACCCAUGGAUGGCUGCCCGUUCUCCCGAUUCUUUCAUCCGUUCCUCUCUGCCUGGCUGCCUGCCUUAAACACCCUCCCUCCCAUUGCUCCCGUGUUAUGACUGCGUGUGUGAGUGAGAAUGGACGGACGGACGGAAAAAGAGUGCAGUUAGUUAGUUGCGAGAGGUGCCUACGUAGCAGUAGCUAUGGCAGGCUCUCGCUUCCUCCCCUCCCCUCCCCCAGACACGACACAACACACGCACACACGCACCCACCAGGCAGGCAGACACGACGGACAGACAGACAGACAGACAGACACACCCACACCGCAUUGCACGACACUUAUUAAACAUCUACACCGAUCAAUCAAUCUACAUCUCCCUCCGCCUACACUGUGGGGGCAGGGCAGCCUGCAACAACAAAACAAACACAACGACAACAGACACACGAGCGGUGUGUGUGUGUGUGUGUGUGUGCAGGUGAAGGCAUGGGUGCGCUCCUCUCCUCCUCUCUGUCUUGCCUACCUCUCCGUUGGAGUGCCGGUCCGGUCGGUCCGGUCAGCUGUCGCCCUCACCUCCUCCAAUGAGCGCCCUCGCCAUCGACGGCCCGAACACCUCCCUAACCCGCCCCUUGGCCGCCGCCAUCAUCCCGCCCUCCGUCGUGAACACCAUCACCAACCCGCUGGUGAAGACGAUGGCAUACGUCAGCUGGGCGUCGCCCAUCCGCCAGCCAGACAGCCCCAGCACCCUCUUGCUGAAUCCCGCCUGGCUGAUGCUCACGUGGCGACAGGAGUCGAGCACGUGGGCAGGGAGGGGCAGGGGCACGUUGGCCUUCCCGACAGACCGCUCGUUGCCGUCGUGGGGUGCCAGGAGUGUCUCGCCCAGGACGGCGUCGGUGAAGCACCGAUAGCUGUCCCGGUCGCCGACCGUCGUGGGCGGGUUGGCCGCAUCACCGGCGCCGCUGAGGUGCAGCGUCAUGGUCACGGUGGUGCGGCUGCCGCCUCCACCCAUGGCGUAGGUCAUCUCGCCCUCGGUCGAUUGCUGCAGGCGGAGCGACCCCCGGGGGGUCAGGUGCGCGCUGAUGAGCAUGUACUGCGCGACGGCCUCGGGAUGGUGCUUGAGCUGGCCGAGUCUCGCCGAGACGAUGUCCUGCCUCGUCAGCUGGAUGGGGACACCGGUGAUGGUCUUGAGGUGUGCCGCCGUGCACACCAUCGCCUCCCACCGCCGCCAGUCGCCAUAUCGCUGCUCAAACACCCGGAUCAAUCCGAGAAGCGCACCGGAGUCGCCGCGCAGCUCGUCGUAGGCGAAGAACAGAGAUGCGCCGGUUCUGCGGAGGGCCUUGUCGAGUCGGGAAGAGAGGAAGCGGGCGUCGACGAGGAUGGCGAGGGAUCGGGAGGGACUGCGCAAUGCUGGGAGGGUUUCUACUGGAGUCAGCUGUGCGACGAUUCGGCGGACGUCAUCCGAAAGCGACUCCAUCUCAGCAUGAGGGUCUGUGGUUGGUUGGUUGGUUAUUGUGUUUAACGAGACUCGUGUCUGUAACCCCGUGGAGAAC